CGCAGCCAGGACAUGAUGCAGACCCCUGGGGACAGCUGGGAUUAGCACCCAGCAGUGGCAGCCACAGUUCUACAGGGACAGAGCUGGUGUCUCCAGCUGUGAGCAAUCUCUAAAAGGGACAGCAGCUGCAGGAAGCAGAAGUUCUUAGUACAACUCCUGUGGUUAUUGCCCUGAGUGUUUGUUGCUUGGGAAGCACACAAAGGUGAUGUGGAAAAUGCUGAUACACCUGAAAGUGGGACAUAGGUGGAGGUCCAAAAGGAAGGUGAUUGAUUUAUCACACACCUUCCAUAAUUUACUUCUUUUGGGGUGGGGGAUGUUGUCCAGUGUGUUUAGCCCUGGCACGGGGUGUAUGUUUGUACCUGACCAAUCAAGACCUGAAAUAAGGAUUACCAUCAUUUGCACUUAGUGCUAUUAUUGGUGAUCAGUUUCUCAUCUUGUAGAAACAAGCAGUUACUUUGGCAGUUGUAAAAGGAAUCAGGGAUUUCUAAGCAGUGUUUCUUCCCAGAAACAUUAUCCAGUGUGUGGUCUGACACCCUGCCUUCAUGGAAUACUUUGUUGGGCUUGUUCUUGUCUACUCAGAAUGGGAAUUAGCCUGUACCUUAAAGGCAGUAUGUACUUCUUGUUGUAUAGUUAUUCAAGAAGUUUUGCUGACAACUUCUUUACAGCGUAAUUAUAUGUUUUGGUGUGGUGAAUUCCACCCUAGUAUGUUGGCAGCAUAAAGCAGUUAAGAACCAUUAAGUAAUGGGGUUCUAUUGAAAUGUAUACAAUUAUUCUCAUUUAGAAAGCUCUAUUUGUAUUGCCAUUCAUGAGGAAGGAAACCAUAAUGCUAAGUACAGCAACUGGUACUGCAAAUCUCUUUUCCAAGUUGGUAAAAUAGUAGAGGUAUCUGUGUAGGGACACCAGUGGUGCUUUCUUUCCCUUUUACUCCUGUGCUCUCUCUUGCACUCUCUGUGAAAUCCUCCAUGAAAGCUUGUGCUUGGCAGGAGAGGUCUGCUCAGGCCAAUUUUGCUGCAGCACUUGUAUGAUUCAUGUAGUUUGUGUUCUAGCCCUGACAGAGGUGCUUCCAAAGUGUUUUGUUUUGUAUGCAGUUGCUUUUACAAAAAAUAGGUAAUUUUUAUUAAUUGUUGGGAGAACUAUGCCUGUGCAAUGCCCAGACGUGUGCCCAUGAAUGCACAGAAACACGCAGAUCAUUUCUCACCUCUGCAGAUUGCUGAAUACAAGGUCUGCCCCAGGCUCCCACGUGAUGAUGUAUCUUGAUCUCACAUUACCCGGAAUUUUAGGGGUUUUUACCACGCUUCUGUGACUGAGACCUUGCAGUCAUGGCCAGAGCUCUCAAGGCUUCUCCUACUGCACCAAAGGCACAAGGUCCGAGGUCACGCAACAGCUCAGCAGGAACUUUCUGGUGAAAAAAAGCAGAGAGACCAGUGAACUUAGUUUGGUUUUCAACUGCAGGACUGUUGUCUUCCUAAGCAGAUUUCUCCAAAGCAAAGGAAAAACACAGUCAAGUGAGGAAGAGGGUACUUUCCACAUACCUCGCUAACACAACCAAAGUUAAUACUUAAUGAAUUGCCAUACCUCAGCCUGUUCUCCCAGAGUGCCUAAUAACAGAUAUCAGCAGCACUCCUGGUUUGCUAAAUCCUGAGUGUUUUCAUUCCUUGUGACAAGCUUCUUGAGAGGAACUUUCAUCUCUGCUGAACUCUGGCCAAAGGUGCUUUGCUCUAUUUGUCCCUUUUGCUGUUCUGUUUUCAGUCUGCCCCUCCUGUGGCUUUCUGUAACACUGAAAUAUCGAUACUGACCCUUCAGUAAGACUGCAAGAUGAAAGAGAAGAAAAACUGGCAGCAGCCCUAGUUGAACAGAAUGGGAACCGGCUGCUGUGGCGCAUAAGGGGAGGAGCAGACGUUUUGUUCUUUUUUUUGCUGUUUGCCAGAAUGCUCUCUAUAAAAUUGACCAUCUCUGCAUGAGACCUAAGAUUCUGUAUUCUGCAUGCAGAGAGGCAAUUGUCAUGGCAAGAGUUGUUACAGUACAGCCUGUGAGCCACAGUCUGUCUUUGGUAGAGGGAUUACUGUGCUGGACCUGCCCAGUCCAUGGGGUAUGGCAGGCAUCCUAAGGAGCUCCUGUCUCAGUUUAGUGAUGGAUCAGACAUUUCCUUCAUCCUUUCUCUAUCCAAUUGUAAAGAGCAGGGCAUUCAUAACAGUGUGGUGUUUGUUCUCUGAUUGAAGGCUACGAAGUUGAUGACUAAUACAUAGCACUGGGAUUUUCCUACUUGGUGCUGUUUCCCCAGCUCUUAGAAAUGGGGAAAUUUGCUAUAAGCUGAAGGGUUUGAGGUUGACUGCUUCUCCCCAGCUCAGCUACUGCUGGUUUCACUUGCAAUGAGCCACCCACACAGCAACAAGAAUUAUAAUGAGGUGAGAAAGCACUGGAUUGCGUUCUGGGGAUAGAAUUUCCAUGCCUGGGUCAGCCUUAUAACCGGACCCCAGUCCUUUUUUGGAUGCCCUAGAGAGUUUCUGUGAGAACCAGGUGUGCAUUGGCCACGGCUGGCCAUGGAGCCAGUGCCUGUGGUAAAGUAGCCAUCUGAGGUCUGGAGGAGCUGGCUUGUACUGUGCUGCAAGUGCUGAGCAGUGCACACGUCUGGCAGGCCCUGGGCUUGAAGACUGUGCAGGGCAGGUCACUGCUGGGUGGCCUUCCCCCUCCACUGCCUGGCUCAGGUGCUUCAGAAACACAUAGCAUGGUCCUCCACAACAUGGGGCAGGGCAACGAAGCCAUGAAGUGCCUCAUUUCCUCCACUGCAGCAGGAAUUAGAAUACACAGUUUGGCAUAUACUGACUUUUUCAUGGCCUCAUUCUGAGCUGUGCUGGGCCCUUGCAACAGACACUCUUGUUCAGAAAGUAUUAGGAAUUCUUCCAUCUUCUGGUCCAAGCUGCCUUUGCUUUUCUUAAAAACCUCUGGCUCUUUUACUAUAUUGGAUUUGUGUAGCAAGAUUUUAUAGUGGAGGGGGGCUACAAGGGUGGCUUUUCUGAGAAGCCACUCCCUUCCUGCCUUUUCUCUAAAGACACAGUACAUUGCUGCCAGCAACAUGAGAAGCCACUGAAUGUGUUAGGACUGCAUGUUCUGUGGUUUACAGAUGCAGCUGGCCACCCCCUGCAGCUUGCUGUGUGAGCCCUUUGCUUUGCUUUGCAGAUGCUGUCCUAGAGGUUUUUUCACCCCAUGACAGCUGCUAGAAGCUGCCUAAGGCACACUCCAUUGCUGCACCACCCCAAGUGUGGAAGAGCUGCAGCCAGGCAGGAUAGAUGGCACGUGUUGAUUUUCAACAGCUGUGGUAAACCAGAGCUCCAUGAGAUGCAGAUGAGGAUCUUGCCAUAAAUAGCUGUGUGCCAGCAGUAGAGCUGUGGUCUUGGUGCAUCCCCACUCACAGAGAUCUGGGGACAAGCUGAUAGAUGUUGCCUCUAAUGUGAUCAGUUUCUGCCAACCUGCAUGGAAAGAGCAGGGAGUUCUGCCUGCACUGCCAAUUCAGCAUGUGUCUGGUGAUUUCCUAAGAGAAGAUACAAGCCUAUGUGCAAUCUCCUUCAUGUGAGCAAGACACACAUAGCCACAGCUCUGUGAAGGACAUCCAGUGAGAACCACCAUGAGGAACAAACAGUGGCUCCAGAAUAUUUUCUUCUGCCUUUUUUUCCAGUACGCUUUGUGCUGUGAAAGCCUCACUUGUUUUGUGGACUAUGUACAGACCCUGUCCUGUAUCCUGCGAGACGAGUUGGGUGGCGGUUCCUACAACCUCACUGCAACAUGGUUUCCUGAGGAAGAUCCAGAAAAUACUGUGGCUGCCUGCAGUCUCUUGCAAUUGUCAGGGAACACCAGUCACACACAGUACAUGUGCACUGUGGACAUGACUGAACUCCUGGCAGAUACCAAAGUCCAGGUGGAUGUCACAGAGAUAGCUGAUAGGCACCAUGUGCUUUCCAAAGGUUUUUAUUUGUCAGACAACAUAAAACCACAGCCUCCAUUCAACCUGAACGCUUCCUUCUCAGAGGGUUACAAUAUUUCUUGGGAAACCAUCUAUCAGAACUCUUCCUUCUACUUUUUGAAUGAGGAGCUGGAAUAUCAGCUGCGUUACAAAAGAAGAACUGACACCUGGGAGACUCAGAAGACUAAAGCUGUUCAUGAAGAUAAACGGACACUGGUGAUCCUGCCAUGGGAACUACAGGCGAACACUGAGUAUGAGCUCCAAGUGAGAGCUAGACCCCGGGAAGACAGUGGCUAUGGUGGUUUUUGGAGUGAAUGGAGUUCUCCGCUGUUAUUGAAAACCAGCCCUGCCACAGUGACACAGACAGCGCAUGGCAUGGAAUGGCUGUUGCUCUUUGGUAUUGUCGUGGCAAUCAUAGCCUCAAUCACAACAUUUCUGGCCAAACAGCAGAGCUUGUGGAAGAAGAUGGCUUGCAUCCCAGACCCUGCUCCCUUUUUCAACCCUCUUUACAUGGCUCAUAAUGGAGAUUUUAAGAAGUGGGUUGGUGCAUCCCGUAUGAAAAUGACCUUUGAUUUCUUUGAAUGGGGAAUAGUCCUUCCAGAAGUCCUAGAAGUUUACACCAUGCAUCCUUCCAACAGCACCCCACAGGAAGAGCUGCAUGAGCUGAGAAAGAAUCUGCCUUGCAAGCCCUGUGCAUCCUGCCUGACUGCCCCAGGUCAUGGUAGCCAGCCCCUGUGGUGCAGUGUAAACAGCAGUGGCAGGACUGAGGACCAGUCAUACGGGCACUUGUCAAUCGAUACAGUGACUGUGGCUGAUGAAUUUACAUCUUGUAACUGCCAGUGCAGCUGUAACCAUGUGAACAGAGAACAUGAGCAUGCCAACAAGGAAGAUGAUAGUGCUGGAGAGCCUGGUUACCCCAAGGUUGACAUUGAUGAGGAAGACAGAAAGAUAUCCAAUGACUUGCAUUUGGCUGAUCUGAGUGCACAGGACAAAAUACUUGCUUCAGGCUCUGUGUCCACAGACCACCUGAGGAGCCCAGUCAAUCAGCAAGGGGAAAGGGGAGUGGAAGGAAGGGUGGGGAACAUCCUAGAAGCCCUUUGCUUGCAGACUCAUCAGUGGGAUUUGGAAAAUCCAGGUUCUCUACCUUCUCCUGAUGGUGAAAGUGUUUCUAACAGUGAAGGCUUCUAUGACUUCUUCCCUCACAGUACAAGGCCUGGUGACAGUUAUCCUUUGAUCUGUGUAGAUUUGGACACUAUUGACAGUGGCUUUGUGGACUCAGACUGUGGAAGUCCAGUUGACUCUGAAUUUGGGCAAAACAGUCAGACCGUUUGUGGACCCAUCCCUCUUGAGCAGGAGGAGCAAGACUUUCCACGGAGCUAUGUCAAGCAGUGGGUCUCCUGUCACUCUGAGAGCCCUCUCAGUGGGACACAGACAAACUAAGGACUUUGAUGUUGCCUGGAUGAGUGUGGGGCCUUUUCCAUAGUGUGCCAGGAGUGAAGUGUUAGCAAAAUUCAGAAGAGAAACAAAGUAUACUUUGUUUAAACUCUAUUGCAUAAACUGACACCUGUUAGGUCCACAAGAUAUGCCUGUCUCUAUUUCCACUUAUACUAUAAUGUCUCAAAUUUGUUGUGAUUGAUGUUGUUGAGUUUUGUUGGGUUUUGGGUUUUUUCAGUAUCAUAAAUCAACCCUUCCUUGAUGUCAGAAAAAUGUCAGAAAAAAACAACUGUACCUUGAAAACGAUCCUUUGGCUUCUGUAGAUAUGCAAAAAAUUUUGCAGUAACCUUAUAAAGAUCAUAGAACUUUAAGUUAUUUUCCCUUGUAUUCUCACAUGACUUGAGAGUUUGGCUGUACAUGGAACCUUAGAAUCAUAACCCAUGGCAAGAAUGUUUGCUACAUUAAAAUUCCUCUACCGUUUCCAAACAACAUGUGAUGUUACUUUAUCUUCUACUACCUUUGGCUCUUCAAACUCAGCUGUAGUAGUUUGUUAAUUACAAAGGUUUCCAGACCUGUCUAUGGGAAUCAAAACUAAUUCUUAUGUAAUCAUGGCAGAAAUGCAAGUACAAGAGACCAAGCACAACUCAGGUUUCAGAAAGACUUUCAGGUAGAGUCUGCAAAUGAAAAGUUUUCAAAAUAUGUAUCAUUCUAAACAAAUUCUUGUUACUAAGCUUUUCUAUUGAGUCAGAUUCCCUCCCUGGACUUUACAAGAAUAUUAAUUGAGCAGCUUUCAGAAUUAUGCCAGAAUUAUCGAAACGUUGUCCUACCUGGCUAUGCCUGCCACUUCUGCCUUUGACUUGCUCUGCUGCUGUAAACAGGUCAGUAGCACAAAUUUCAAGCAAUGUCUGCUAGCUAAUAAAACUAAAUAUGAAAUUUUCCUGUAA